CAUGUGGAACUGUAUUGCAGAGUAGAUUUUCCUAAACACAUUAUUAUCACUAAUUACGCCGCUUACAACAAAAAAUACGUAGUUAAAGACUAUAUAUAUUGGAAUUUCAAGGAAUUACGCUCUGUAUCUAAUUACUAUUUUAGAUAAAUUCCCAUUUUAAAUUAACAUUUAAGUUUUGUACAUUCAUUAACGCAUGUUCAACUUUCUUGUAUUUGUACUUAUUAAUGAAAAUGGUGUCUGUGGAGAUAAAGGUAAAGAAAGAAAAGAAAACCAAAGUAUUUGCAGGGAGCAAAGUUGUCAAGCAUAAGAAAAAUAAACCUAAGAAAUCUGUAGCUGAAAAAGCAUUAAAACCGAAAAAUUAUGUACAAAAUCCAACUCCGGCACCAAUUAUAAAGAAAAAGAAAAAGUAUAUUAUGCCAACGAAGAGUGUGACAAACGACGUGGUAAAUUCUUGUUUAACUGCUAUCCUGCAAUUAUCCAUACUCCAUAAGAAAAAAAAUACUAUCCUUGAUGAUGAGUCACCAAUAUUUUGUGAGAUAUCCUGCAUCAAGAUACAAAGUGUUCAAACUAAUAUUAAAUUUGUGCUACCUAAUAGCACUGCAGCAUCAACAGGUGAAAUAUGUUUAAUAGUUCCUGAUAUGAAAAAAGGAAGAAGGUUUGAUCAUGAGCCAACAAUUGAUCACUGGGAAGAAUUAUUAAGGAAAUCUGGCGUAACACAGGUAAAAACAAUACUUCCACUAAGGCAAGUAAAGGUAGAAUAUGAUCAGUUUGAGUUAAAACGUAAAUUAUUAACUCAACAUGACUUUAUCAUGGUCGACACCAGAAUAUUGAGCCAUGCAUCACAUUUGCUUGGAAAAAUGUUUUUCAAGAAACAUAAUAUGUUAAUACCAGUAAGACUGCAUGGCCAACGUGACCUUAAGAAAGCCAUUGAAGUUGGUUUACGCACUGUAGUUCUCCGUUUAAAUAUUGGAAUAACAUCAACCAUUCUUCUUGGUCAUACUGGUAUGCCACUGGAUACAUUACAAGAAAAUGUCAUUUCUUUUGUUGAUCAAUUGAGAACUAGAUAUCCAGGGGGUGAAGCCAAUAUAAGAUCUCUUGCACUAUGUAUUCCGAUGUCUAUAGCUGUGCCACUAUAUCUCACUUUAAGAUCAUCAAACACAGUUAAUGCUCCCAAAAUCAAAAAGAAUAAACCAAAAACUUUCAACACAAUAGAGGAUGAAUUGUCAACAAUUCCAGGUAGCAAAGUGACUGUUGCACCAGACGGGACAGUACAUGUUAUAAAACCCAACACUCAAAAGAGGAAAAUAAAUACUGUAAUUAAGGAAGAUGAAGAAAUUGAAUCUGAAAAUGAAUACAGUGAAGACAAAGAUGCAGCAGAAGAUGACCAAUCUGAAUAAAGACUUAACAAAAUAAAAUUAAAUAAUAUUGAA